UACCCCGUUCCUUUUUGCUAAGUUUAGAAUAAUUUUUUUUUUUUUUAAAACUUAGAUAUUAAGUUGAUUCACGCCGGAUAUAAAGAAAAAGAAUUUAUUUGUAAUUCCAACAAAAAUGAUUUACAAAAAUAUUUGUAAAUUUAAUUAUUGAAUUUAUAUGCAUUGCAUAUUUAUUUAAUUUAGCAUUCAAGUAUUCUUCACGAAAUAUUUAUUUAGCAAACCCUGAAGUAUUUAUUACAGUCCCGAUAUAUUAUUUAUGUUCCUAAUAGCCACCCUAUAUCAUGAUUAUUUUUAGCAUACAUGUAAUUAUGCAGAUUAUUAAAUCAUCUCCUAUCUAAUCACUUUCUUUUGCAUUAGCCGUCCACUUUCAAUUUUUUCCACUUUCUUUCCUCCCACCAUACCCCCUUCUCCUACUAAUCCGACAGCCAAAUCUCUCUUUUGUUUUCCACUUUCUUUUGUUUUAUGCUGUCAAAUUCCACCUAACAAAUCAGCCAAGUUCUCCUUCACUCACUUAAUCCACCAAAUUAUUUUCAUCGGCCCCAAGCUCAUUUCACCAGAAAUCAAGUAUUGAGCAAACAAGCAGAAAUCAAAAUACCAACUGAAAUCCUCGCCAAGGCUUUGAGCAUCAGGAGGAUUAGCACUGCUAUUCCGAUUCAGAAAUAAAGUUAAACGACAGGCUUUGCCUAGACAGGUUAAUGGCUGGUGAUGACGGGGCAGAGCUGAGGCUAGGGUUCAACUCCGUAUUUUGUCUUCCGCUAUUGCACUAGCUUUUAUUUGUCUUUUGUUUCUCCAACUUAAGACUUUUAUGUUAAAUUCUGAAUUAUGUUUUUAUCGAGCUUAAACUCUCAACUUCUAGCUCGAUGUUAUUUAACGUUGGUUAUCGGAAGCAUGAAACCGAACUUGUGAUCCUAAGGCUUUGAAUGUUGUUGAUUGAUUAGUAUCACUUGAUUUCUAUCUUUCUUCAUUCAAAGGGCAUUGCCCAACAUUUUUAUUCUAUUAUCUGAAUUUCACAAGGUUCUUCCCUUGUUCAUUUAUAUGAUUUUAGUCGUACCCCAGUUAUAGUUUAUUCCUUCAAGAAUUGGGGUGUGACAGAAUGGUAUCAGAGCAUGAGUUUUCUUUCAUGUUUCUGAUAACCAUAAGUUUUUAAAUGUCGAGUCUAGAAUAGUACCUCUAGACUUCUAAGAAAAUUUUUGAACCUCAGCUCGCCGUCACACUGCCGCAAGAAAAAGGUACGAUUUAAAAGUUUCAAAGUUAUUAAAUGUUUUAGAGUUUUCAAGAAGUGCGCGCUUCAGUAAAUGAUGCUAUGUGAAUUGCUUAACGCUUUCCAUAUGCUAUAAGUUAUGAAUUGCUAAUCGCUUUCAUAUUGUUAUUUUGAGUCUCCGACUCAUAUAACCAGCUAAGUAUCGUGUUUGGGACAACCCGAGCCCUUAACGAUAAGAUGAAGUAAAGUCGUGUUUAGGACUAUCGAGCCUUUCACGAAUACCAGAUGUAUGGUCGAGUUAGAUUCUUUGAAUCUUUCCGGCAAUAGAAAAGUUUCAUGUGACAUUAAAUGUCCACAUGUUUCAGGUUUCAAAGAGAAUGAACGAAUAAGAAAGUUAUGUUAUUGUUUUAGGUUCACUGCCUAUACGAUCAGAAUAAUAAGAACUCUUACAACUGUUUGAGUACCACCCAAGAAUGCCUUGGGAAUGUUAGUCGUGAUAGCUCCGCUUGAUCGAUUUAAGUAAGGACUGGUAAGAUAGAAACGUUUAACAUAGAUAUGUUAUAACGUAGCAGAAAUGAGAUAAGAUUAAGGAUUCACUUGAGUAUUCCACCAAGAUAGAUCAGUUUCCACAUAGAGUUAGCCUUCCAUAGGGUUACACUAUAGAAGUAAUAUACCUUAAGUAUAUCUAUGUAUGUAUAUAUGUAUGCAUGCAUGCAGAAUAAGUCUCACUUUUGUGUUAUUUUCGUUCGUAAAUCAGAAUGGAAGACGCACCAAGAAGACGCGGUAGGGGACGAGGACGUGGUCGUGGUCGAGGACGCGGCAGGGGAUUCAUCCCUGAAGAGCCAAUCCAACAAGUAGCACCAAAUCGUACUGCUGAAGAGAAGUUUCGCAAGGAAAAACCUCCAACAUUUGACGGGCUGGGCGAUCCAACAGACGCCGAAAAGUGGGUUAGGGCCAUAGAGCGUAUCUUUAACUACAUCCGUUGCGAUGACGAAGACAAAGUAACUUGUGCAACCUACCAACUGGUGGACGAAGCCGACUUCUGGUGGGAAUCGGUGAGGCGCACAAUGACUGAGGAACAGUGGGAAAAUUUCACUUGGGAAGAUUUCAAGACUGAAUUAUAUGAGAAAUACAUACCGGGAUGCUAUAGACAGAAGAAGCAGAAUGAGUUCUGGAAUCUGAAGCAGAGGGCUGGGACAGUUACUGAGUACGAUAGAGCCUUCAAUCAGCUAUCAAGAUAUGCUCCGACGCUGGUGGACACUGAUGAGAAGCGUGCAGAAAAAUUCAGGAAUGGACUGCGCCACGAGAUAUCAAUCUCCCUAGCAAGCCAGGGAGGUCUCACCUACGCACAAACUUUGAGCAGGGCUCUUACCAUUGAGUCAUUACUACCAAAGGAAAAAGGGAAAGCUCCGGGACAGUCUGGAUUUGUACCACCUCAAGAUGGUGCUUUGUUUGAUACGGGAGCGUCCCACUCUUUCAUUUCACAUGCUGCUUGUAAGAGAUUAGAAUUGACUCCACAAUUGGCUGAGACAACUUUAGAAGUUAGCACCCCUAGUGGUGGAAGAUUGGCUGCUAAGGACAUUAUCUCGAACUUAGAGCUGAACAUAGGUGCUGAAACAUUUAAGGCAGAUUUGUAUGUCAUCACUAUGAUAGAGUUUGACAUAAUCCUAGGGAUGGACUGGCUUACUCAAGUCGGUGCCACGAUACUGUGUAGCGAGAGAAAGAUCUCUUUCCAAUCCGCUGGAAAGGAGAAGGCAAGUUUUCAUGGCAUAAGAAUGGGAGGAAGAGUACCAGUGAUUUCGGCGAUGAAGGCCACAAAGAUAAUGAGAACGGGAGAAUGUCAGGCUUUUCUGGUCAGUUUGACAGGAGAACAUGAAGUAAAGAAAACGAUCGAAGAAGUUCCAGUGGUGCGAGAAUUCAAAGAUGUUUUUCCCGAAGAAUUGCCCGGUAUGCCACCGAACAGACAACUAGAAUUCACGAUUGAUCUAGAACCCGGGGCAGCACCAGUGUCAAAGGCACCAUACAGGAUGGCUCCGCCGGAGUUACAAGAAUUGAAAGUGCAACUACAAGAACUGUUGGAUCUAGAUUAUUAA